AUGAAGCCGAGCGUGCUUGUGGCGAUGUCUAAACGCAUCCCUCGACCACCUCCAGCGGCUCUGCAGCUCGGUCGAUCGGGGAGCAGUACCUCUCGCUGGAUCGCAGCUCGAGAUCGGCCAGACCAUGAAUUCGAAACAUCGACAUGCGUCCUAUCUCACCGCCGAAUGCAUUCCACCUCCGCUCUUCCGCGCGCUCCGCCCCCUCGGCCCAUGUACACCCCUUUCGCACCCUCACCUUCCACAGAGGCGCUUCACCCGCAGCCUCUCCCACGCAGUAUCAACCCCUCCUUCGCCCUCUUGCUCCUGACUAUCCCUCAUCCCCCAUCCUCCUGGCCGGCCAAGCUCGACUUUGCGUCUCCUCUCCUCGGCCUCGCUUCGCGCGCUCUGAAAGCAAAGGGCGUUGUAGUGAAUGCGGUAUGGGACGGAGUUGGCUCUUCGGCGGAGUUUGAUCUUCCUGAGGAGGGGGAGGAGGUGUAUCCUGCGCGGCUGUAUUGGCCCGAUGGGACCUCGCACGCUUUCAACAAGUUCUCGAAAGGGACGAUCAUGUCUCGGGAGAUGAAGGAGCUGUUGGGACGGAAGGUUGAUAAGGAGAAGGCACUGAGUCCGGGGGACGGGCAGACGUCAGGGGAAGGGCAGCAGUGGGAGGUGCUGGUCUGCACGCAUGGAAAUAGGGAUUGUCGGUGUGGGGACACGGGUGGGGAGGUGGUUCGUGCGCUGAGAGCGGAUAUAGAGAAGAGGGGACUGCAGGAGAAGGUGUCUGUCCGGGAGGUAGCGCACGUAGGCGGACACAAGUACGCUGCCAAUGCCAUUGUCCUCCCCUCGUUGGAUAUGAUGUCCAAUCUCACUUCGGAGCACGUUCCUCACUUCCUCUCGUGGAUCAUAGACGGUAGAGAUAAAGCGGACGAUAUGUGGCAGCACUGGCGCGGGCGGUACGGGCUGUCAGAGGUGGAGCAGGCGGGGGUUUGGGGCGGCGUCGCCUGGGCGCAUGGCGAAGAGAAGCGAGCCGAGGACAAGGCGGUCAAGGCUGGGUCUGUGGCUCAGACAUCGCCGGCGGAGAAGGUGGGAAUCAGGUUCAAGACGUACGAGGGACUAGUGAGGGAAGUGAGGGCUGGAGUUGGGGAGACGUUGCUGGAAGUAGGCAAGAGAGAGGGCUUGCCUGCUAUCGAAGGAGUAUGCGGAGGGAAGCUCGAAUGUGCGACGUGCCAUGUCUAUAUCCCUUCGUCGGCACCAAUACCGGAACCUUCAGAGGAGGAGCUGGACGUGCUUGGCUACGCGCUGGCGUAUCGGGAUGGUGAGAGUAGACUAGGGUGCCAGAUCAAAGUCACGAAAGAGCUGGCCGAGUGGGCUGCAAAGUCUGGCCAGGAAGGCUUGAUUGGUCUACCAAGAUUUUGA